CCUCUUGCUGGAGUAUGGCCUAGUCACCAUGACUUAGCCAGAGCAUCAGAAAAAUCAUACAACUACUUAGUGCAGCCAAGAGCUUCAGGAGAAGUUGCAGUAGCUUGCAGAGGAAAGCGGCUGGCGCUUGCAUGUGGUUUGCACUGUUUCAUUAUCAACUUCAGCCUUGAAGCAUGCGUAUUCAGCCUUCCUCAGGAUGUAUUCCUCAGGCUAGUUGCGCAGGAUAUACCAGGUCCUUCAGCCGCUCGAGGCGAGAUCAUGAGAAGUUUUCCUAUCCCUCUUGAAUUUAAUGACCCUGUGUCUCGAAACCCAGACAAGCAGCGAUAUGUCAACAUUUCAUUGGCAAUCAUAACACCAGAGAAGGUCUACUGUGUUGGAGACUAUUCCAGAUUGGUAUCCUUCAUAGUGAUCUCCCGCAGCAUGCCUUACAGGCAAAUUGAGCUGACCCCAGGAACAGAAACGUGGUCUCUCAUCUUUGACAGAUGGCUCGAAGGUGGACCAGACUGGGUGUGGGAGUGCAAACUUGCGGGAUCAGCCCUGCUGCGAUGGAGACUUGCCGUACUCCGAGACUUGUCAGGGUGGCGGCGACCAAUUGCAGAGGUCCUUUGCACUGUGCAGAGCAUCUUCAAUGGUUUUGGUCGGCAUACAGCCAAUGAUCUCUGUCACAUGCUUUGCCUUCACCCACUGCUGCCUACCAGCUUCAUUUGUCAAGACGACAUCUUGUUCAGCAAGUUGUACAAGGGCAUUGAAGCCUACACAAACUUCUGGAAUACAAAGGACUACUACAACACGGUGGCUGUG